UUUGUUCAUGUUCAUCGCUAACGUUACGGAUCGGAUCGUUCAAUAACUCGCAACGAAAUUCAUUUCCGUUGCCAUCUUGUAAUCGCAAAGUCGUUCCGUACGAAUCGUGUUAAAAAUCUAAUAUUUGCGUAUAUUGUUUGUUUUCAGUUAUUGUUUAUAUAAAUUUAAAUACGUUAAACACUUUUGAACUAUUGUUUUCAAAAGGUAUAGACGGUUAUAUAUCCAAAAACGUUUUUAUUAAGUACAGCUGGUAUAUCAAUAUGUAGUAGGUAAAGGCGUAAUGGUGGUUAGGGCGUGUCCCAAUAAAAAGGAUCAUUAUUAGCUUUAAUCAAAUAUAAGCAUUAUUUGUUAUAAGACAAGAAUUUACGUUAAGCCAGCGGACACUUCGAUAUGGUUAAUUUUUAGUGAAGCGUAAUUAAAUUUCCGUACGACAAAAAUGCCGCGAAUUGAUCCGCUUCAAUUACUUAAUUGCUUGCAAGUUUUGCUAAGUCCCACUACGGGAGGAAUAUUGUCAAAUAACGAAGUGCAACGAUUAGCAAGUUUAAUGACAAAAUUUUCAAAGAAAUUAGUAAGCAAAUGCGUCUAUAUACUAAUUUUAAAAAAUACUGAAAAGCAAUUGCUGGGAAACUUCAUGGCAGUUGGAGGUUGGACUCUUUUGCAAGUGUGGUUACAUGAUGCAAUGUGUAAUUCUAAUUGGGCGCUUGUUAAGGAACUUUUAGAAUUGGUGCUAAUAACGCCCGUUGAUGUUGAACGAUUGAAAUCCAACAACAUUCCAAAGUUGGUGAAGAGUUUGUCCAAAAGGGAGGAAUUAGAUGGCAUCUUCGAGCUGUCAAAUAAAUUAGUGCAGCAAUGGCUUAAGAUAGUUAAACAGGAAACAAGUGUAGAUAUUGUAAAUCAACAGUUACACCAUUAUCAACCAUUGCAGCAGCAACAGCAACUUCUUCAGCAGAAAGAGACGAAGCAUACUACGAAUGGAAAUGAUACUGAACCACCUCCCUUUGAAGUAGUUGACGUACCUGUUGUUCAAGUAGAUCAUACUACAGAUGAGACUAUUGAAGAAAUUGAUCAUGUUGACAGUGCAGUGUUUGAUGAACAAGCUAUAGAUACGCAAACUUUUUAUAAAUUAUCAGUUAGAGACGGUAAGCAGGUGUUGUCAAAAGUGAAUAGAAGCGAGGCAAACUGUACGGUUGUUGAAAACGCGAUAAUUGAAGAAGUGGAUGUUAAUGGACAGCCAAAAGUUGAAGAAGAGGAUGUUAAGGAAAAAGAGAAUAGAGAAGAAAAGAAAAAAGAUCGGAAUGAAAAAGGUAGUACUUCAUCAAAAAGUGGGGACAAGUACAAGAGUAGCAGUAGUAGUAAAGACUCGCAGAGGUCAAAGGAUAGGGAUAGACAUAAAAGCAACAGGGAUAGAGAUCGAAGUCACAGAGACAAGAGGGAUAGUAAACACCGGCACAAUGGGCAAAUAAAAAGUAGUAGCAGCAGUAAUCAUAAAAGUUCUAGUUCCAAAGACAAAGAACGAAAAGAAUCGUCUAGAAAAGAUACAAAAGAGAAACAAGCAGAAAAGGACAAGGACACAUUAGCUAAAGUUCAGCCCCAAAGCGUGACGAAGUUACCGAAGAUACCGAAAAAGGCGUCUGAAGGGUCUUCUGACAAUAGCAAAGAUGCAAAGAAAGGCUCAAUUUCCAUUGAGAUCCGAAAGACUGAAGAAAGACCUAAGACUGUUAAGGUAUUUAAUGCUAAAAUGCGCUCAACUGGUUUAGAGGAGGAAGUGAAACCACCACCUCCACGACCCACGAAGAAGCCAACAACAUCGUUACCGACUAUACCAUCACACCCGGUGCAUAAGAAGUUGUCUCCGACGAGGGACAUAUUACCACCACCUCCAGAAAAGAAGUCAAAAAUAGAAUCUGCUGAGAGGCCUGGAGCAAUAAAGUUGAUACCACCGAAGCCAAAACCGGCAUUUUUGCAAGAAAGUGAUAUGUUCAUGGAUGCAUUAACAGCAUCCGCCAGCUCGAAAAAAGAACCAAAGAAGCGAAGAAGGCGGCCAAGUACUUCGAAAGAUUCUUCUUCACCUCCUAUUUCACCAUCUACCACACAAGCGGCCACUGUUAAUACUGAAACAACAUCCCCUAUGGCGUUAAGGAAUAUUACCCCUCCUAAAUUUUACAAGGAUACCCUAGAGGCGGAAGACGAAGAUGAAAGCAUAAAGGAAGGCGACAAAGAAAACUUAAAUACUCCUAAGGAUGAAGAAAUGACUAAAGAUGAAAUAAUUGAACCAUCAACACCAACGGAUGCUAAACAGGAAAUGGAGGUAGAUGAAGAUAAACAUAACAAAGACGAAAACGGUUUAAAAGGAGUACUGGUAUAUACGAAACGGAAAGGCCCAAAGAAGUCUAUCCGAUGGAAGUCUGAUGAAGACUUGGUGCAAAUUCAAUACUUCGAAUUGGACGAAAAUGAACGUGUUAAUGUGACGAAAGCGUUUGGUGAUAUGGCGAAACUGGACGUAAAAGGUGAACGGGAGGCUUUACAAAUGUGCAGAAAAUUGCAAAACGAGGAUCUAAUGGAUGUACAUACACAGUGGCGCAUUCCAUGGGAAAUUGAAUUGGAAAAAUCUCUUGCCGAUCCGGGCUCUAAAAGUCUCGAAAAGGAAGUGCAGUUUGCUCGUGAAAAAAGCGUUCUUCAAGCUCUCUAUUUCCAUAAGACUAUGAUUCCAGAUUCACCUGCUGAACCUGAUCCUGAAAAUUAUCAGGUUACUGAUCCUGUAAUUAUUCCUAUCGAAGCACCUGAUGACCCUGAUCAUGAUUACCGUAAUACUCCAUGGCCAGAACCAAAAGGGUCACCCCCUCCUCAGAGCUUGCCCAACAUUCCGCAAGUUUUCCCCAAGGUGGCGAACAAUUUUCAGAAUUUUGGAAUUGCUCCUCCGCCAAGUUUACAAAAUAUGCCCAUUCAACAACAACCUCAAGCACCUUUUGGUGGUCCUCCAACUGGUUUUAUUCCACCCAAUGUUUUACCACCUGGAGAGUGGAAUAUGCCGAAUAAUAUAAACAAUCAAGUGCUAGUACCGAACGUUCCUCCCCCAGACAUUAUAAAUCAAGGACCAAUGAAUCCCAAUUUAGGAUUUGCUCCUGGACCUCUAGGUCCAGGUGCAGUACCAGAUAACUUUAAUCACCAUCCUCUGUUGAAAGAUAACAAUAUAAAUUUCCCGCCACCUUUGUUUAAUCAGCCAAGGAUGUUCCCCCCGAAUCACCCGAACUUUAGAGGUGGUCAUGAUCAUCAUGGUGCUCACAGGGGUUUUCGGAGAGGUGGUGGUACUGGUCCAUGGGUUCGAAUGAACGGACCAAACCCAGGUAAUUGGAAUCACGUUCGAGGAGGUCAUCGAGGUGGGCAUAUGCCAACAAGAUUGUGUAAAAACGUUCGACAACACGGUUAUUGUCGAAAUAGAGAUAAUUGUCUUUUCUUUCACCCUAAUUAAGUGCGAAAAUGGAUUAUUGUAAUUUAUUGUGAAAUUGUGAUAUGAAUCUGUAGCAUGAAGAUGAAGAGUAUUGUAAAUUAAGUUUUCUUUCUUAUAUAAAGGUUGUCCAUAUUG